UGGUCACUCGAAUAUCUUGUUAAUAUAAUAGAAAAUCUUUGACCGAACUAAAAAAAAAUAAGAAAAGCGGAACGGGUGAACGCCCCUUCUUCCUUAUAUGGGUGUUCAUUCCACCCAGUUUCCUUUUUGUUUUUUUAAAUCAUUAUCCCCGCCUCUUUUCACUGAGUCAAUUCGCACCGUUGCAGCCAUUUUAAUCUAGACUUCAGUUGCUACUGGACCGGAUGAUCCUUGCUUAAAACCGUUGAAAGCAAGGUGUUGUACUGACUCUUCGGUUGCCUAGGCAAAGCUCCCCCCUCCUCCUCUUCCUCCCUGCAUCACAUGCAAUCAGGAGCGGAGGGUGAAAAGCAAGACAGACUUCGGGAGCUCUCAAACAUUUUACCUCAAGGCAGAUGUCAUGAAUUACACAGACCCGGUUGUGGAGAAGGCCGUCAACUCCUGGUCCAGAAUCGCCUCAGCUGGACAGACCGUCCUUCUAGAGGCGUUACAGAUCCUCAACCCCAUGUCAAAGGAUCUCUCGGACACCGAGGAACUGGUAACCUUUCUCCAAGGGCUUAAAGAAGAAGGCCACAAGCCCACAGUGUUACGAAGCAAAGAUGUUUACGGAUAUAGAUCUUGUACAGCCAGAACACUACCAGAAGAGAUGUGCUGUACAGACAUGGCUAGCAAGGGCUCAAGGACAGGCAAGAAGAGGGGAAGGAAGAAGAAGAAGAAGGAGUCUAACAAGUACGCAUCGUGGACUACUAGUGCAUCAGAAUCUCACAAGGGGUCUGUCUUUUCCAGACCUCCGGCUAUGACUAUUGAACCUCCACUGAUACAGCAAUGUCUGAAACUAACAAACAUUACAGGUUUGACGAGAGGCCACACCGCGAGACUACAGAUUCACUCUCAACUUCCAACACUUUCAGGGAUCCCGUUGCUGCCUUCGCAGAACAUGGGUAGAACACCAAAAGCAGUGGCAUUGGUCGGUCUGGAAUGGAACGGAGCCCUUAUCGGAGACUCCGCCCCAGUGAUGUAUCAAAACGGCCGAGGAGUUUACAACUACAAGAUUGACGUGUCAAACCACAGACGGUCCUGGAGGGACGACCAGUCUCUGUGGGUGAUGAACGAUCAGGAGGAGUGUCGGCUGGACGAGAAUAGCCUGCGGUGGAAGGUGGUCAAAGUGGAUGACUGCGUCACGGUGGAGGAACUGAGGAGGAAGGCCCAGAGGAUCCUACAGGUGAACCUAUCCCCUGUGAUACAGAUACGACCGCUAUAUGGAACUGUAGCGGAAAACCAGCGUGAUAUCUCCAGCGACUUCUUAGCCUAGCGUUCAUUUCGUAACGAGGCUUGACUGUUGAAAGCCAGAAGGGGAACAUCAUCAUGUCGGCAUCGUCUGACUACAGUAAAGUAAGUUUCUUGUAUUGUGCAACGACGGGAUGAUGGCAUGAAUCUGACGUGUCAACAGGACUGAAGAAACUGAACGUGUCGCAGAAGUUGAAAGACACUCCAUAGACAUUACGGUGCAGAACGGUGCGCAUUCGUUUUUCUUUACUAGCUUCUGUUUUGUACCUUGAGGAUGGACCGAUAGAUUUGGUAAACAGUGUCACUGUAGGAUCACUUUUCUUGCAAGAACAAAAAUAAAAUGUUUACCCUAUUUGGUCUAGCCUACACGACAGUUUGCAGAUUUCAGUCACCUGAAAUGAAUGUGCAAGACUCAUCAUCUUGAUUUAGCUCUUCCUGUUGUCACUGACUCAUUUGAUUGCCAUUUGUAUCUACUUUUGUGUAGUCUAGACUGUUUCAUUGAGUUGAAACUUUGACAGCCUCAAAUUUAUUCUGUGUUUGCUGAAUGUAAGCACUCGAAUCGUAACAAUUCCAUUGCAGGACUAAGUUAAAAUGGCCUCGUUCUUUUUACCUAAAAUAAAUAGUAUUUUUGUAGUGGCUUUUUUUAUUUUUUUGUUGAAAUAUAAUUAUAUUUUCUCUGGGUAAAGCAUUUAAUAGCAUCAUCAACCACCCUCUUCAUUUUUGAAGUAUUUUAUUGAACCUGGAUUGCAGAAUUAUUCCAGUUUUUUUGAAAAUGGAAACAUGAACAGAUAUUAGUUUACGGUCUUAGAUCGGACGCUAACUUUGCAUCGGUGCUAACUGGGUACCAGCUAAAUCUGGCCAUUUGUGAAGAAGUUGCCACAAAGUGUUUUGUGAUCUAUCUUUCAUCAUUAGUUUAGUUGAAUGGUUUCGGGUUUGUGCUGCUUCCAUUACUUAUUUUAAGUUUGGCAUUGAACAUGUUGUAUUGUAGUGGGCACGAGUCAAUCAAGGGUAGCCUACUUCACAGGGACUGUGUCCCAAAUGGCACCCUAUUCCCCUUUUAUAGUGCACUACUUUUGACUCGUGUCCCAUAGGGUUCUGGUCAAAUGUAAUGGACUAAAUGGGGAAUUGGGUGCCAUUUGGGACACAACCAUAAUUGUGGUUUAGCCUCUCUUAGUGUUUUUUUUUUUUUUUUAUUGGCUUGCUGCGUCUUCAUCCUGCCUCACUCUGGAUUUAAUUGGCACAUUGUUUUGUUGCCAUUUUCACCAUCCCAGAAGUUGCAGGACAAAAGUACAGUCAAAUUAAGGAAUGGGUUAAGUUUAAGGUUUUUGUUAGGUCAGGUUUAAUGUUAGGGAAAGUGAAGUGUUCAAAUGUUUUGAAUCAUGUUGUGGCCCAAAAAAUCAGGGCCUUAAGUUGAUCCUUUUUUGCCAUAUGUUGAAAAUAUUGUAAAUGAUACUGUAUGGUUGUGUUCAGGCCAGGGACCAAACAGUCAUUGCGAUUGCCAAAGGCGUUCUUAAAGGAAAUGACAGCAGAUUACUAUGGCUGUAAAAUACGUUUUUUUUUUAAAGUUUUUUUCAGCCAAUCUUCAUUUCAAUGUACUGGUAUAAAAUGACUAAGUUAAGUUGCCAUGUUAUUUUGAACUAGGGUAUGUAUAGUAGGUCAUGGAUUUUAUACAACACGUAUUUGCUGCAAAUACAUUUUUCACAGGAUCUUUAAAGCCUAAAUUUUAUACCUCAUGCAAGUAUGCAACGCAGGAACGUAAUUAUCUACUCAAAAUGGCAUAGUUUCGAGUUACACGAACAUGUGCAGCCCUGCAAUUUGUAUGUACGCAGAAUUGCCAUUUUGCUUAGAUUAUUGUGUUAUUUGCAUUGCACUCUUGCGUCUUGUAUAGAUAAGUACUCUUGUCACAUGACACAGUGCUACAUUUUUCUUUUCUCAACCAACAAUGUGUCUGAUUUUUGUUGCCGUUGGUUGAAAUUUGCUGAACAAAACUGUACAGUGUUGAAUUACAUUUUCAGAAAUUGCUCAAUAAAAUGAAUCUUAAAAAAAAAGGCA